GAUAUAACCUUUAUAUAGUACCAUAUAGGUAUUCAUCGAAACGUAGUAACUAAAAAUUCGUAUUCAAUAAGUUAGUUGUUUCAUAAUGAAUACACUGGAACAAUUGGCGAAUCAAUUUGCCAAAUUAAUUAAAUUUGAUACAUGGGGUAAUUAUCCUGCAGGGUAUGAUCCAGCCAAACACGGUCCAUAUGAUCCUUCUCGAUAUUACGGAAAACCUGAUACGCCAUUUGGUGAAGUAAAACUUCGUGACUUACCAGAAUGGAUUAGCCGACGCGAGAAAGGAUUCAAACCAUUUGCAUCGUUAAUUUCACGAGCUCACUGGCGAUGGCAGUUAAAGUAUAUGCAUCCUAAGAAAGCAACUAUGGCACCAAUUUUUCAGAUUGUUAUGGCUGGUGCAAUAUUUGGUUAUGUUACAAAUUACUUGCGUAUCAGGGCACAUAGAAAUUAUAAAUAUCAUUAAAAUAUUAUUAAAAUCAUCUUGAGUUAAAAUAGAGUACUAUUAUAUUGUAUUAGUUAACAAAAGUAAUAUCGGUAAUCUGUAAAAUCUAUAAUAUGAAAUAAAUGCUGCUUAAACAUU